AUGUCUUUUAAUUCUCAAAACCACGGCAGUGACCUCAAACGCAAGAGUGGUUUGUUGGGUAGUAUCCGCGAUAAGCUGGGUCGUUCAAAGAGUACCGCACCAUCCAAGAGUCCAUUAUCCUUCCCACGAGGAAUUCCAGAUAGUGCUCCUCCCCAGCCUAUACUUCCACAUCGCCAAUAUCUCCCACUUCGUACAACCAGGCAUCUCCAUCCAUACACAAAUGCUUCUACAUCUCAGAACAAUUCUCCUACAUUCUAUAGCAGCAACACUUUCGCAUCACGCCACUCUUCUACGGUUCCAAAUACUGCGGGAACUCUCCCACAGCAUGACCUCGAUGGGUCACCCUAUGCUCUCCUAUCUACAUUCGAUACCGUUCUUCUCAUCGAUGAUUCUACUAGUAUGGGAUGGUAUACUCACCCUACAGCCUGGGAACAAGUUUUCUUCGCCCUCCAAACUAUAGCACCAAUCAUUACUACCUACGAUGCUGAUGGAAUUGACGUUUACUUCAUGAACCACAAAAGUAAACACAAGGGUAACGAAAAUGAAGGCAUUGCUGGCACCGGAUACUACAACAUCCAAAACGCAGCAUCGGUAGAAGAACGAGCCAAGAAAGAACUCAAAGCAGGACGAGAAGUCAAACCAUUAAAUCUCAUCGUCAUUACCGACGGCGCUGCUUCCGACGACCCGGAAUCGGAAAUUGUCAAAGUAGCCCGCGAGCUCGAUGAUCUUGAUGCGCCACUCACGCAAGUGGGCAUUCAAUUUUUCCAGGUCGGAAGAGUGGCAGAGGCCAAACAAGCCCUGGAGGAUUUGGAUGAUGCGUUGGAGCAUCGAUAUAAGAUUAGAGAUAUGGUCGAUACUGUUACGUGGAAUGGAAGGGAUACCGAAGCGGGAUUGACAGGUGAUGGAAUCGUAAAAGCGGUGUUGGGUGCGAUUAUCAAGAGACUUGAUCAUAAACCUGCGAGUGGAGAAAUUCCUAGGAAUUAA